CUCUGAUGACUGAGGGAGAUUCCCAUGGAAAUUGCUACGUCAAUGAAGAGCCCGAGAAGAAGCAAUUUCGUUUCCGCAAACUGUACCGAGGAGGAUAGUGGGAGUACCGUACCUUUGAUUUUGCAUGUAGAAUCUUUUAAAUAUUUUCUCUAUACAAGCCAGAGACAUCACCCUUGACUUGUGAUCUACAGUGGGUGGGUCAUUGCACCUCUUCCAGGCCCUCUGUGGCUGCCAUUUCUUUCUGUAGGAGAUGUGGUACAGAAUCUGGCUCUAUGUCUACUUCACCUGGUUCCGCCCAAUGUUGAAGUGGGUGCUUAGACGAGCUACUGGCAAGUGUGAGUUGCUUCGGAUCUGUUGCAACAGUUAUGCCAAGACCGGUCACAAGACCAAAGAUAUCGAAAAUGCCUUGAAAACCUCCAAACUGAGAACAUUUCAGAGGAUGGUGAUCGAUGAUGACCUCAACAUCUCAGAGGCUGUCAAGUAUGCCAUGACGGUUAAGAACAUCAAUCCUAAGAUAUACCCUGAAUUUCAAUAUACACUGAAGGCAUCAUUAAAGCAGAUAAGUGGCUACAAUGCUCUGGUGAGAGAUAUAGAGGCUUUGAAAAAAGAGAAAUAUUCUACAGCUAAUCCAAGCCAUGAGAGAUCAUUACAAAAGUUAUGGGAUCUGAUGAUGCCUAAUACCAAACUAGAGAAACGUAUCACAAGACAAUGGACUGAACUUGGUUUCCAAGGUGAUGAUCCAGCAACAGACUUCAGAGGCAUGGGAAUGCUUGGACUUAAUAACUUAAUAUUUUUUGCUGAGAAUUACAAUGGAGUGGCAAGGCAAACUCUGAUUCACUCUCAACAUCCUACAUUAUGGUACUCCUAUGCUGUAGUUGGUAUCAACAUGACCAAUCUAGUAUAUGAUCUACUAAAAGAUGGACUGCUCAGGGAAUAUUUCUACUACACUGUAACAGGAGAACCAGCCAUAUACCAUUUCCAUAGAAUAUAUAGUCAAGUGUUUGCUGAAUUUGAUAGCUUCUGGUUUGCCGAGAAGCCCAAGAAUGUGAUGGAGUUUGGUAGCGUGCGUGAUAAAUUUGAGAAGAAGGUUAUCGGCCUGCUGAUGAAGAGCGAUAAUGCUGUUCUUCAUAACAAUUACACUGGUAUGUCAUGAUGCUGGUGAUACAGUGUGUGUACUAUGGUAAUACAAAGUAAGUUCAGAGCAGCGAUACCCGUUAAGGGACUAUUCUAGGGUUUUACACUCAACUUGAUCUACAAGUACAUGUAAAUGUAUUUGAUCUUUUUCUCAGAUAGUUUAUUACUGCAUGGGCUAAACCAAUUUGGUCCAUCAGUUUGGUGUAAUUGCCAUUUGGUCUCCACUACACUUGAUCUGACACCUGUAUUAGCACCUGGGAGCCGUUUCAUAAAACUUGUUAUAAUAACAAAUUUCCAAUAAAAGUUAAAAGCUAAUGAAAUCCUUCAAUCUGAUUGGCUGAUAGUAAAUUUGUUAUAGAAAUUGUGAAUUUGUUAUGAUAACAAGUCUUUAUGAAACAGGACCCUGGUCCUGUUCUUAUUUUGUCUAAUAUGCAGUUGGUCUAGUUUCUUAUUCGUCUAAUUUUGUCAGAUGAAAUUUUGGUUCAUAAACACUCUCCUAUCUAUAAAGACGUAGUGGUGUUAGAUCAAUUUGAUAUUAGAUGAAAUGUGUAUAUCCUAACUGGAAUUUGGACAAAAUGGUGAAUGGGCUAAAUAGGUAUAAGUCUAGAUAGGAGAUGGACUAGUAUAGACCAACUAGGAUUAGACCAAGUGGAUUGAGACCAAACGGAAUGUAGACGAAGUGGUUUAAGACCCAUCAGCAAUCUACCUUUUGAUCAUGUAUGUAAUGAGUUACUGGUAUGACUUUCUAUUGUGCCAUAGUAAAAAUGAAACAUUUUUCUUACAUGCUCUAAAUUCUUUGAGUUGGGGCUGAAUAUUUACACUUGCAGGCCUUGUUUCAUAAAAAUAUUGUCUAUGGUAAAUUACCUGGGCUCCGUAACACAAAGAUUAGCGAUCAAUCGCUAUGAAC